AUGACGAUCCAGCGUUGUGAAUAUGGCGAUCGGACACCGGGAUGCGUGUUAUUCCUCUGCCCUUCUAUUGUGAAUCCUGCUGACUGCUGCCAAACCUGCACGAUAACAACAACCCAGGCGCCCACAACAAAUCAGGCGUCAAUAACAACCCAGGCGUCCACAACGCAGGCGCAAAUAACAAAUCAGGCGCCCACAACCAGUCAGGCGCCCACAACAACUCAGGCACCCACAACAACUCAGGCACCCACAACAACUCAGGCGCCCACAACAACUCAGGCGCCCACAACAACUCAGGCGCCCACAACAACUCAGGCGCCCACAACAACUCAGGCGCCAACAAACAGUCAAGCGCCCACAAGCAGUCAGGCGCCCACAACAACUCAGGCGCCAAUAACAAAUCAGGCGCCAAACAACACUCAGGCGCAAACGGUAACCCAGGCACAAAAUACAACCAUUUUGCCAACAACCACUCAAUUGAACAACCAAUCUACUGAAAAUCAGACUUUUACUGAGGUGUCAAUUACAACUGUGCCAACAACAGCACAAGAAAACAGUACAGUAACAUCUACGGAUAUUUCUGGGCAGCGAGGCAGUCGCAUAUCAGAUGAAGAGCUUGCCAUCAUCCUCGUGGGCAUUGUCGCCGGUUUGAUUUUCAUAUUUACCCUGGUUGCUCUGGUUUCGUGGUGUAUACGUGCGAGCAGAAAUGACUAUUGGCGCCACCAGAAGCGCCAUCGACGCCAUUCAAAGCAUCAUGGGAACCACAUCGAGUACGACAACGACGCUUACGUGGACCCUUCCAACAGCAUCUACGUGCCGUAUGCAGGCCCUCCGACGCUCACUUCCGGGAUCAACACGUCGGCGUCGGCCGCCUCGGAACCCUACCGAGUCAUAACAGCGUUCUCGAGUCAGCCAUACACACCGUACAUGUUCAACCAAAGAACCGGUGAAUAUGAACAAGGAGACUACCGUAGACCGUACCGUUCUCUCGAUCACGUGACCUCAUCUGACGAGUCCGUGGAUUGGUACAGAUCGGUACCGAAUAUAAAGCUACCCCGCCCGUACUAUAGUUAAUAGAUUCCCCCAAAACGCAAGACAUAAUCAAAUAAA